AUUGAGCUGAAUGUCCAAUUCUCAGUUCAACUGUGGUUGAAGUAGAUGCAUGGAAUAUCUCUUCUUUCAUAUCCGUCUCUUGAAUCAAAAAGCAUCUGGAACCAUGGGCCCAAAGAAACUGCAGUGGCCAGGGACUACGUACACAAUCAAGCCAGAAUCAAUAAUAUUUGACGUAUAACAUCAUGAUAUCAGACGAACUCCCUCCUUAUUGCCCUAUGAUCUUCGGCGGCAAGAACAACUCAGUCAAGUUUCACUCUAGAUCUCAGGGCCCUCAGGGUCGCCCUUUCGUAGAGGUAGUGUAGAGCUCAUCAUUGCCAAGGCAUCACUUCAUUUGCUGCGCCCGUUUUGGUUUACAUGUUGAAACAAUUCCUACCUCAGCUGAAACCUCUCCUCCUUUCAACGUCAUAUUGUCAAUCAGCAACUCCAACGGAAAACAACAAGCCAACCACGAUCAUUCCCUUGUUCAAGUUGCAAACAAAGUACAGUAAGCAUAAUCAUGUCACCAAAACCAGUAGCAGACCUAGCCCACUUGAAAGGCACCAACUGCCAGUUCAAGUUCAUCGGCGAAGGCGCCGCCAACAUAGUCUUUGAGGUUAUCUUUCCCGAAGACAUCACCACCACUCAAGAUGAUGGCGAUAGCAAGAUCUUGAGCAUCUUACAAGGAAAACUCCUACGAGUACCAAAGGCAAACACCAAAGCCUUCACCCACCCCGAAAUCCUUCAGUACUGGGAGUCAUCCAUCAGCCCACUCUUCGAUAACCCUCAGGAAGAUCUAGUGCAGCAGUACCUUAUUCGUCUAGACAACUCCAUCGUCUCGCAGCUCAAUGAUGUUCUAGCAGAGGAAGACUUGCAGCGCAGGUAUGAUUUCCAGGGAACCAAGGUAGCCGAGGCGGAGUAUGGCAUGUUGGUUGAGGAUAUGAGGAAGAAAUCACCAACAGACCUCCUCCUAGAAUUCAAACCCAAAUGGCUUACCCCCUCCCCCUCCGCCCCCUCCAGCGCCACGCGCUGCCGUAACUGCGCCCGCGAAGCCUACCGCCUACACAAAUCGCUUCGCUCCUCUUCUUCCCUCACCGAAGACUCAUCCGCUCUCACCAGUAACCCACCAUUCUGCCCCCUUGAGUAUCUAUCCGCUCAGUCCUCGCCCUCUUCUCUAGCUCGCGUUAUUGCGUCUAUGAACCUCUCCGCCACCUCCGCUUCUUUGGACACCGAGCCAGCGACGAGGGAGAACCCCAUUGGUGUGCAACCGGCUGUUUCUCUUGACGGCGAUGAAAGACAAGGAAUGGACCAAGUAAACGAGCGCUACCGCGUCGCUUUGGUUCACUGGCUGCAAACCAAUUCCUUGCUGCCCAAGCUGCGGGACGCGCAAGGGAGCUUAGACCCGGCGCCGGAGGGGACGACGGAUAAGGAGAAGCUGGCGUUGGCGAUGACGUUGAGGGAUUGUACUUGUUUUGUGAGGAUAUCAGAAGACUCAAAAAGGGAGGUGACGGUGGAAGCCAAGCUGGCGGAUUUGGAUAAGAAAAAUUGGGAGGCGAAGCUGGGGUAUUGGAAGGGGAUGGACGAUGUGUUGAAGGAGGGCGGGUAUUAUGAGGAGGUGGAGGUGCCGAGGGUUGGGACGAGGUGUUUGAGGGAGGUUGAGGGGGAGGAGUCGAGCUGAGAGGAGAUGUCCACGAGGUUGACGUGGGGGUUUAGAGCGAGAUGGACUGUCAA